UACUGUCUACAUGUGUCUGUGGUGUGCGUUGAUCAGCAUGUGACUAUCAGUGGUUGGCACCACUGUUGUUGUCGUGUUUGUUACAUGUAUGUACAGUCAGACCUCGCUUAUCCAGUCCUCUUUUAUCCGGAUCCCUCGCCAUCCGGAAGAAAAUAGCUGGCUACAGAUUUACAGCAUACGCGAUGCAGCCAACAAAACCGGUGUUCGGUUAUCCGGUUCCCUCGCCUAUCCGGAUAUUUUGUGGAAAACGGAUGUGUGCGGUUAAUCGAAGUCUGACUGUAUCUAUGUACUUCUAGGUAUGGAUAUACUGAUGGCGUAGGCGAAACACCCUAAAUUUUGAGAGACCAGGUGUUUAAAGAAGGUGCUAGGGAUAGGUUCAGGUGUCAAAUUGACCAGAUGAGUACAUUAUGCUGUUAGUUUAUAUCCUUUGACAGUGUCUGUGUCUCUAUGAGGGUUAUGGUACUUAGCAUGCAUGUAGGGGGUGUGAAGAAAUAGCCAAGAACGUCCUGGGCUGGUGCCAGAUGAUGGCAGCACCUUUUGUGAUAAUUAUACUAGUUACUACUUCCUGGCGUGUCAGCACCUUGGUGCAACUGGUGCUAUUUUAAUAUUUUUCUAGCUCUGGAGCUAUUUUUCUCGCCAUUUGAUCUUGGCGCCGCUGUUUUCAAGCCAUCCCCUUCGAUGUGCAUUGUAGCCAAUUGGCACAUAAAAGGACUAUGCUUGGAGUAGGGUGAUCAUAAUUUUCACUCCCUGAACAUUGCUUCUUCCAAUCAGUCAACUCUUGAGUAGUAGCAGCAGAUUGUAUAAAUUGCCUUAUCUUCCAUUUGUUUGCCAGAAGCUCGACCUGUUCAAGUAUUGGCUAUUGGGCACUCUUUGGGGAUGAACUGCGUUUGCCACUGCCCAUUGUACGGUUGACUGAUGGCUGCUUUUGCAUGAAACUGAGAGUAACAGCUAGAUUGCUGUGGACCAUAUCUUUGGAUGCCGACGAUCAAACUCCAACUCCUACUCGCUUCCUACGUGUGUGUGACGCAGAAGGUCUUUUUCAAGACAUGCAAAAGUCGGCCAAUCCAUUUGAUGAGGGCUUUCAAGCUGGCAUUCAGAAGAAUAGCCAAGAGCCAACGAAUCAAUUCAGCGGCGUUGAAACGCUGGCGGCCGUGGCAGUGGCAAGUGCCGCUGCAUCGCCCUCUCAUAGCGAUGACGAUCAGAAGCCGGGCGAGAAUGGUGGCGUUGCCGGAGCAUCGGCGACUGUACCCCCGACGACGUCCACCACCUACGCAAUCAGCCAGGCGAAUCGCUUGACCGGUCCGUUUAUGAACGGCAACGUCGUUGUUCCCGUUCCGCCACCAGCGUCGCUUGCCAAUCCCGACGCGUCCGUUCCCAUGGCUAUUCCUCCAACCAGCUUUCUGAAAGGCGGCGCCACUUCUGGCGGCGUUCCAAGCUCAGUGCGGUCGACUGCCAAGACAGUUUCACCUGAAACAAAGAAGCGCAUACAGCAAACACUGUCGCAAAUGCACCCCACUGCAGUCACAAGCAUAGCGGACAGGAGUGCUGUGGAAGCAGCUGUUUCAAUAGCGAACACUGUCAUGAAGCAAACAGAAUCCGUAAUGCCAACAGCAGCAUCAGCAACAGCAUCGUCUUCUGAGCUAGGCAUGGACGAGGACGAUAUUGACACGCAUACUGUCCAUCUCUCGAUGGACGGUUCUAUAGCUGGUUCAGAGUUCGAUGAGUCCAUGUCGUCAAUUGGUGAUGGUUCACAGCAUUCAUUGGAUGGAACUCCAGGUAGACCUUCUAGCAGUACUAAGCGGAAGCGUGUUUCAGACGACGUAGACCCGACGGAAAAGCGUGCACGAUUCUUACAGCGAAAUAGGGAAGCAGCAACUAGAUGCAGGGAGAAGCGGAAGGAGUGGAUAGCCACUCUCGAAAGGAGAGCUCAGGAUUUGGCGCGUCAGAAUGCUCAGCUCCAGGCCGAGGUGAACGCACUGCGGAAUGAACGGGCUCAUCUAAAGGUUCUUUUGCUGAGUCACAAGGACUGUCCUGUGACUGUCCAACAGCAGAAGUCAAUGCAGAUUCCAGCCAGCCUCUUACCGCAGAGUGGUGUGGCUCAGUCAACCACAGCGGGUAGUGGUAGCAAUGCCACUGCUGGGUCUACAACGGAGGACAGUGAACCUCCUGUGGCGGAGGUGGCAGCUGUGGAGAGUGGCAAUGCUGCCGUAGCUGGUGAUGCCACUGCUGCAACCGCUGCCGCUACUGCAACAGCCCCCGCCGUCGGCCCAAUUGCUGCGGCCGUUGCUGGUCUUUCUUCCAGUCAGAAUAUGGCACUCGGAGUUCCAUCGCUGGUUAUGCCGGUACCUAAUCCUGCUGCUGCAUCUGAUGGCACUGGUCAGGUACCGAAGGGAGCAGUCACUCUUGCCCUACCUGCACCGCUCAAUGUAACAGGUGCCAAUCAAGGAGUGAACUCUCCAUUGACUCCUCUUCUCAUGUUUCCGCUAACGUCAGACCACUUGCAGAUGGCAGCGGCAGCCACGGCGACACCCAAUGUUGACAUGAACUCACUAAACAUACUGCAACAGCUUCAGCAGCAGGUGCAACGGACAGGUGCUCCAAACUUCGUGGAGACCAGCCCACAAAAGGCUGCAGCUGGAGGUACUACGCCUGCGACUCCGAGUACUGCCGCUAUUCAGGCCCUCCUUGGCUCUGCCCAGCUAGCCGUGCUCCAAGCAGCCCUGCAACAACAGCAGCAGCAGUUGCAGCAACAAGCCUUACAGCAAGUCACAUCACAGGUGGUGGCAGGUCCAGGUGCAGAAGUUAUCGCUGAGCCGGCCCCUGGUGAACCUUUGAUGGAGGAGGUGCAAGAAGUGGAGCUGCAAUAAAAAUUGACUCUAUCUUUUGCUCUCUUUGGUAAUCAUCUUAAGUCAAGUCAUGACAGGAGCACGCUUUUUAUUGCUCUCUGCCUGGCUCAAUGCGAUGGAUUUAUGGCCUUUCGUUUUCGCUUUCCCGUCUUUCCGCGUCAUCUCUCUCGCAAACCGAACUCGAAAAGGUAAUGGACAAAUCGCUCACAACUCUGGAGUCAAAUCAGCGUCUGAUGUUGUGCUCGCGGACAUCUUCACUGAUCACUGGCUCGCGUCUCUAUCUCUCUCUCUCUCUCUCUCUCUCUCUCUCUCUCUCUCUCUCUCUCUCUCUCUCUCUCUCUCUCUCUCUCUCUCUCUCUCUCUCUCUCUCUAGUACUCUCUUUCUGUUUUUGUACUUCCAUAACUAUGACAUCAGUGUUGUCCUUUACUCCCCCCCCCCCCUCAUUCCUCCCCGUCAUUAGCCUAACUGCUACUGUAUUAUGGAACAUGCUAAGCGAUACCACAAUCUAAAUAAUCGUCAUACUUUGGGGUGCUGUCCGCAUGUUUUUCGACCUCUAUGAACAGAAUGUUAUUAGGGCUGGAUGAGAAACCAAUUUUCCAGCGAAUGCAUGCCUGUUGCAAAGUUACCCGGGUUCUAGGAUUCUUUUCAACUCCCAUACAAAAAUAGAUAUUGCACAGCACAGCAGAGCAACAGUACAAGAGCCUCUGUCAAAUCACAUGCUCACAAUAUCAACCAAUAUCAAAGGUCUUUCUCUCUCUUUCUGCUUGUUUAGGUAGUAGCUCUGUCCACCCAGUGUAGUAGUAGUGCAUAACCAACCGUUUUUUUUUUACCUCUCUACUUUUUUCCACUUGUCGUCCCCCCACACUUGUUUUCGCUGCGUUUCUACGUGCUGUCAUCGUAGGGUUAGGGUAGUGUGCUACAGUCUCUCUAUGGAAGUGUGGUGUGUUGUACAUACAGUCUCAGUCAUAAGUCAUGUUGCAAGCAAGGAAUCAGUAGCAAAACAUGCCAGUGUCGAUUCAGCAACGAUUGUCCUGAAUUCUGUCAACGAUGGAGCGUAGAGAAUUGUAUGUGAGCGACGGGACUUGGUCCCGAGUAGUGAAUACAACCAUUGAACAAUA